AUGUGGGCACCUGAUAUUACAUCGAGAACAAUUAGAAAUAUUGAACUGUUUUUUGGAGAAGUUUCUGGAGUAUUGAACAAGGACACAACAAAGGAGGCUGGAGAUUUAGUACGUCUAGGUGUGUAUGGAAAGAACUCGAUAGAUCAAGUGGACGAUAUUUAUGAUAUGUCUAUAAUUACGACCUUGGUACACAUCACUGGACGCAAAGCCACAAUGUAUAUUCAGUUCCCUCUGGGCACAAUGUACAUUAUGGUCCAAGUAGGCACGUGGAGAGUGCCCGAUUCACUAGAAACGCUCGAUGCUCUUGCCCAGGACAUAGGUUGUGUUGUGAAGACGGCCACAUUAUUCCAUAGCCAGCUGGACUUAUUACCAGCUAAGAACAUAGCAUUGCAGAAGCACAAGGAGCAUAUUGAAGAUCUCAGGUUUGAAAGCGGAUUUCCAGAAGAGUAUGGAUCAUUGCAGGGAUGUAAUCACCUCGAUUUGAUUGAUUAUCAAGGGAAAUCAUUGCCCGAACCGAUUCACUUUUUGAACCUCAUCAAGGCUCACAGCUCGAUCAUCACCACAUUUCCCUUAAGCAGCACGCUGGCCUCGUAUGAGCUCUGGAAGGCGCUAUUGGGAUACGAGGAUAUGGCCGCACUUCUCAGACAGAUGACAGAACUAAGGCGGCUAUAUACCCCAGUUUGUGACUUUAGUCAACUCUCUCUGCAAGAAUUACUAGCGGACAAGCAAGAGGUAGCGGAUAAUGGGCACAUGAUACGAAAGACAAGGCUUCGGAGGCUCUGCGAGACGAUCAAAGUAUUGGAGUUCAGUACAUUUGGCAGUGUAGAUGGCAUUGUUCAAGCGAUUUUAUCGAAUUGUCCAAAGCUGGAGCGGCUGACAGGACCUACGAUAACAGUGACAGAGAUUGUCAAUGGAGCAGAAUGGGCUAGCACUAGGCUGACUGACCUGAAUGUCUAUUUUAAGGCCGACGUUGAUCAGGAGACUGUGGAGGGUAUGGCAAAGAUGCUGGACUUGAAGCUAAGAGCAGAUUUCGAUGAAUUAACUAACCUGAAGAGCCUGUGUAUGUUAUGGUUCAGCGAUGAUGAGUACCAACAAACUGGACUCGAGGAUGCGACAUGGACUGUAAACAACUGGCCCAGUUCAGAAGCUUGA